GGCGGCGCGCGAAGCGGCGCGCGAACAAACUGCCGCGCAGGCGGAAAAAAAAGCUCCGCGCACCCUCUGUCUGUUUUGUCGCAUGUUCGGUGACGUCCAAUAACCGACUUGCCGUGAAGUCUCCGGGGCCGAGGCCUGAGAGACUUUCGGUGUUUUCCAGCCACAGCUCAGCUCGACACAUUCGUAGGUUCGAUGCCCAGGUUCCGGUGCCCGUUCUGACCCGGUGCGAGGCCGAUGAAGCACUUUGUCCGCUGAUCCAAAGCAGACACGGUUCGGAAACGUCAGCUAGGCUAACCGUUAGCUGCCGCUAACUGCCAGCGAGGAAGUGAGGAGCGAGAGAAAGAUGACAUCACGGAGGUGGUUUCACCCCAACAUCACAGGUGUGGAGGCCGAAAACCUCCUGCUGACUCGUGGCGUGGACGGGAGCUUCUUAGCCAGACCCAGUAAGAGUAAUCCAGGAGACUUCACCCUCUCAGUGCGGCGAAAUGGAGCCGUCACCCACAUUAAGAUCCAGAACACGGGAGACUACUAUGACCUCUACGGCGGGGAGAAGUUUGCCACCCUGGCAGAGCUGGUGCAGUAUUACAUGGAGCAUCACGGGCAGCUGAAAGAGAAAAACGGAGACGUCAUCGAGCUCAAGUAUCCGCUCAACUGUGCGGACCCCACCUCAGAGAGAUGGUUCCACGGACACUUGUCGGGCAGAGAGGCCGAGAAGCUGCUGACGGAGAAAGGCAAGAACGGCAGCUUCCUGGUGAGGGAGAGCCAGAGCCACCCGGGCGACUUCGUCCUGUCCGUCCGCACCGGAGACGACAAGACGGACAGCAGCGACAGCAAACCCAAAGUGACCCACGUCAUGAUCCGCUGCCAGCACGACCUGAAGUACGACGUGGGCGGAGGGGAGAAGUUCGACUCCCUCACUGACCUGGUGGAGCACUACAAAAAGAACCCCAUGGUGGAGACGCUGGGCACCGUGCUGCAGCUCAAACAGCCCCUGAACACUACUCGCAUCAACGCCGCGGAGAUCGAAAGUCGAGUUCGGGAGCUGAGCAAACUGGCAGAGGCCACAGACAAGGUCAAGCAGGGCUUCUGGGAAGAGUUUGAGACCUUGCAGCAACAGGAGUGCAAGCUGCUCUACAGUCGUAAAGAAGGCCAGAGAGCAGAGAACAAAAACAAGAACAGAUACAAGAACAUUCUGCCUUUCGACCACACUCGUGUGGUUCUGAAUGACAGGGACCCAAAUGAGCCAGGCUCUGACUACAUCAACGCCAAUAUCAUCAUGGUAGUAUCUGCUGUCAUGCCGGAGCUGGACUCUAAGUGUAACAGCACCAAGGUGAAGAAGAGCUACAUCGCCACUCAGGGCUGCCUGCAGAACACCAUCAGUGACUUCUGGAGGAUGGUGUUUCAGGAGAACUCUCGAGUCAUCGUCAUGACCACCAAAGAGGUGGAGAGAGGGAAGAGUAAGUGUGUGAAGUACUGGCCGGACAUGUCGGCUCUGAAGGAAUACGGAGCGAUGCGCGUUCGUAACGUCAGAGAGACGGCCGCACACGACUACAUCCUACGAGAACUCAAGCUGUCCAAAGUCGGGCAGGGUAACACAGAACGGACAGUUUGGCAGUACCACUUCAGGGCCUGGCCGGACCACGGAGUCCCCACCGACCCCGGCGGUGUACUCGACUUCUUAGAGGAGGUCAACCUGAAGCAGGAGAGCAUUCUGGACGCUGGACCUAUAGCGGUACACUGCAGUGCAGGGAUCGGGCGGACAGGAACGUUUAUAGUGAUCGACAUCCUGAUCGACGUGAUCAGAGAAAAAGGGGUGGACUGCGACAUCGACGUGCCAAAGACCAUCCAGAUGGUUCGAUCUCAGCGCUCUGGGAUGGUGCAGACCGAGGCGCAGUACAGAUUCAUCUACAUGGCUGUGCAGCACUACAUCGAAACACUGCAGAGACGCAUCGAGGAGGAACAGAAAAGUAAGAUUAAAGGGCGCGAGUACACCAACAUUAAGUACUCUUUGUCCGACCUGACCGGAGGAGAGCAGAGCCCUUUGCCUCCUUGCACUCCUAUUCCCACUCCCACCUGCACAGAGAUGAGGGAGGACAGCUCCAGAGUGUAUGAGAACGUGGGCCUGAUGCCGCAGCAGAAGAGCUACAGAUGAGAUUCACCUUCGACCCCUGUGCUCGAUCAGUUCCAGGAUCUCGAUACCUGACAGUUUUUUCGCCAGCCACACCUUGACGCCUGAGACUUGACCGUAAUGACAUGGAACAAUGGAAAUAAAACACACACACACACACACACACACACACACACACACACAUAGACAGACACCGGGGUCCUCCCUGAUCUCGCUCAUCGUACAUGAACAUUUGCCCUCUAGUUGAAUUCUUAAACCACUGUGAUCAUCAGAAGAGCCUUUGAGAAAGCCGAACACGACUUCAGCCACAGUUUGGGUUUUAGCCUUUGUGAGUCUCACCCCCACGACAAGGGCUGCAAACAGCGAGCGCUCCCUCCAGAGGAAAAAAGAAACUAGCUAACCUUUGCUCAUCUCUUUUUGUUCCUAUGUAUUUUUUUUAUUAACCAAAGGAAAGAUCGUGUAGAUUGUUUGUAGACGAGGAAGCGAGGCCUGUGCCAAAACCACGAAUGAGUUUUUUAUCCACAUUUCUCAGCCAAUUAAAAGUCUCUAUCGGGGCAGCGGGAGACGAGACCUUAUCUGUGGACGAAAAGUGGGGCAAAUUUUUCCAGUGAUCAUUAUUAUUAUUGUCUAGUUUUCACUGUGUUAUAUAGAGAGUAAUGUUUCUGAAUGAAGAACUAUUGGCAUUGUAGUGUAACACCAUAUUUACUGUCGAUUUGUAAUCCACUAAACAUGAAUUCCUUUUUUGUUUGCGCCAGAACUGCCUCGAAAACAAACUUAAAUUCAGGCUUUUCGGAGUGUGAAUUAACUUUUUGUUGGGUUUAAAUGUUUUUUUGUGUUUUCGUCGGGAUACACAGUGUCUGUCUGUUAGUUAACCAUUCCUGAGCUCAAGCCGAAUGCCCUUACUGCUGCACUUUUAUUUAGCAGCGUUAACAGUUACAGUUUAAAAAGCCUUCAAGAUUCACCUGGUGGAUUUAUAAUAAAAAAAAAUAAUCUAAUCUGGGGUUGGGGUGGGAGGGUUAGGGGUAAGUUUGUUUUCAUGCCUGCACUUCUAAUGUCAAAGUCGGUGUGACGACAUAUUUCAGAUUUCAGGGGAGUCUGUUGUGUAUCUCAGUCGCAGACACACGGCUGCCAAAAAAAUAACUUGUUUUUUAAGUUUUGCAUUUUUUUUUUUCAUUGUUUGUUUGUUUUUUUUAAAAAGAUAAAUGCCUUUUCGUGUACCAUUGCCUAUUUUGAGCACCACAUGUACUUAAUUUUUUAAGAGUCACUGUUUUAAGAAGCAAUCACACAUUUCUCAGCUUUGGCACUAUAGAUAGUCAUUGUUGUGGUUAUAGAUUGUUGGCCCUGUGAUAGUCAGCUGGAUUCAGUAGUUUAUACACACUCACACACACACACACACAUAAAUAUAUAUAUAAAUAUAUAUACAGGUUUCUAUAGGAGAAUAUUUUCUUGUCUUUCUGUUUUUCGUUAAACCGUUUAAAGGAAUAGUUUGAGAUUUUGCAGAUUCACUUUUUUUUUUUUUUUUUUUGCAGAGAAGAUCUGAAGGCUAAAUAUGACGCUACCGCCGGUAGCCGAUUAGCUUAGCUUAGCAUAAAGGCUUGGAAACAAAGACGUUAAGCCAGUUAGCCGCUGCUCCAGGUCCGAGAAAUAGUUCCAGCGUGUAACUACCAGACAUUUUUACAUUGAUCAGCUGCUGUAAAAAGAAAUGAGAGGUUUUUAUACCAUUCACAUGUUUGUAUGCUAAAUGUGACGCUAGUUCUGAUUAGCCUAGCUUAGCAUAAAAACUGGAAACUGGAUAAAGAAGGUCAGUGCUCCAGGUCCAAGAAAUAGUUCCAGCGUGUAACUUUUUUUACAUCAGUGUGUUGAAGAAAAAGCUCGUCUGUAUGCUAAAUACGACGCCACAGCUUAUUAGCUUAGCUUAGCUUAGCAUAACGACUGGAAACAGGACGAAGCUAGUCACUGCUCCCGGACAGGAAAUACUUCCAGGCUAGCCAGACAUUUUUACAUUGACCAGCUGCUGUAAAAAGAAAUAUCUGCCUUUUCAAUGACACGUGUUUGUAUGCUAAGACGCUACUUCUGAUUAGCCUAGCUUAGCAUCGUUAAGUCACUGCUCCCGGCCAAGAAAUGGUUCUAGCAUGUAGCUAACGAGAUAUUUCUACAUCGAUAUGUUGUUGUAAAAAGAAACUUUUUCGAUGAGACCACUCUUGUGUUUGUAUGUUAAAUAUCACAGCACUGCUAAUUAGCUUAGCUUAGCUUAGCUUAGCUUAGCUUAGCAUAAAGACUAGAAACGGGUAGAAACAGUUAGCAACCAACCUACCAGCAAACCUAAAGCUAAUGUGUAAAAGAAACAGAAAGAUGUCGAGUCGUGGUCCAAAGGUUUUGUCACCUUCAGACAGAGCCAGGCUAGCAGUUUCCCUCCGCUUACAGUCUUUAUGCUAAGCUAAGCUAAUCUUUAGCAUACAGCGACAAGAGUGGGAAUCAAAUGUCAAACUAUUCCUUUAACUUCAUCGUCACGAUCAGCUGCAGUAUUUAGGGAAGUCUGAUGUUUUUGGAUCCACAACACUCAUUUCAAACGCGUGGCCUAAAGUAUUUUUUCUUCAAGCCUUCUCGAGCUUCUGCACAUUUGCUUACCGUCACUACGCCUUGAGAAACUGCAGCCUUCGCUUUGAUUGAACUUUUACCUGUAACAGCGCUGACUCAGAAUCUCUGUGGGGAAUUUAAAAAAACAGAAAAAGGAAGAAGCGGCUCUCCUCGUUUUGCCUUUUUUUUUUUUUUUUGAGGGACAGUUCUCAACAACAACCACUGAUCCAGGAUUUGAACAGCUUCUUUUUGUGUAACGAUUUAAAAAAAAUCAUGAAAUCAGUGUUUUUGUUUUGUGUUUUUUCGGAGGCUGCUUCCUCCCUCAAACCGGUGGACUCCUUUUGCUGCUUUCACAGCAAGUGUUCUUUGAAAAUUCUCCUCCUCCUCUCCGGGUGAACGCCAUCCACCGGCUGAGCUCUGAGAUCUUCUGUAGCGUGGUGUACUGUAUGCGGUUUUAUCUUCACACGGAUGAGUUUGUCUUAAUGUUUCGUGGAGUGCUUGCUUGUGGCGUUUUCUUCGUGUCCUGUGUGUCUGGGUGUGUGUGUUGUGAGAAUGUUCUUUAAAAACUUUUGUUGUUUUUUUUCUUCCCAGAUGGUAAAACUGCUUUCCAUUUAUCAUGUAAGCAAUCUAGAUGCAUAGACGUGCCUUCUAUGCAUAUGCCUAUGUGUAUGUGAUAGCUAUUAAAAAAAACAAAAACAAAACAGUGCUCUUUAGUUCCACCGCCAUUCAAGAACCUGUAACACUUAAAUGUGAAUUAUUUCAUCCUGAACAAACGAAAAAAGGAAAAAAAAGAAAAGAACGGUGACCGCAAUGCAAACAAACUAUAUUUUUUAACAUGUAUAUUGUACAUGAGUACCUGGUAGAGGAGAAUGUACUUACUAAAAACAUAUCUACUUGCCAAUAAGAUAUACUGUAUGUAUAUUCCUACAGCUUUCUCUCUGUGACACAGGGAGGGACCUCUCACAAAGCUUAAGAGGUUUAUUGUAUGACUUUCAAUGCAGUUAACCAUGUUAACUUCCUCAAUAACAAUAAAUGGCAGGCUCAUGCCACAUUAACA